AUGCGUUGCCUUGUUCUGUUCGCAGUCUGUGUCUGGAUUGCUUGUGCUGAUAUAGGUUGCAAUUGGAGUAGCUCCCUCACUCGCUCCGCUAAGGUUAAAGAGGCCCCCAAGAAUAUCGUUGCAGCUGUGGAGGAGUUUCUUAAAAAAAAGCUUCCCGAAGACGGCAUACUUACCUGGAUAAAGGCCUUCGGAGAAGAUGGAAAGAUGUACACUUAUGCGGUAACAGGAGGGGUGUGGAAACUUCCUAAAUUGGACAGAGUGGCGUUCGAUGGUCAUAAGGAACUGAAACAAGCUAGAACUUUCGAGGUCGAUGAAGUGUUACCUAACCUUCGAAAUUGCUAA